CUCGCAGGCAUCGCGCCGACUCUACCGACUUCCAACUUGAAGUAUGAGUGGAGCAACCUCAGUAAGUCUGACUGGGUUACCUAAGAACACACCACUAACACGUUCUCAUGAAGAGUCGAACCUCCGCAGAAGCUACGAGAAUUGAUAACCAACGCUUUGCCCAGAUCAGAACGGCUUUGGAGGACAAAAGGCUAGUAAUCGUCAUUGGCGCGGGGGUGACACUGAGCGCAACAGCAACUCAGUCUGGAGAAACACUCGCUCAGUUGUCCUGGUUCGGCUUGAUACGACAUGGUCUGGACUAUGUUGUCGCAGAUGGCCAAAUUGACAGGAACCACUACAGGCUAAGUCACGCACGCGAAAUACUUGAUUCCCAUCCCGAGGAUCUGUUAGAAGCAGCACGCAUACUCAAGUUUUUCUUGGACCAGGCUCAUCAAUGGCCUACUUGGCUAAAAGCUGUAUUUGGAGAUCUUUCCAAGGAAGUGAGGCAUCCUGCUGCGCUAGAUGUGUUGAAAUCUCUCCACGACAGAGGAGCGAUGCUUCUCACAACGAACUAUGAUGAUCUUUUUGAAGAAGGCUACUGCAGAUUGCCUCGCAUCAGCCGGUCACAUCACGACGACCUCCUGAAGUUCCAAAGUCGAGAUCUUCGCGGAAUUCUUCAUGUACACGGCAGCUACCACGACCCUUCGGAUGUCAUCUUGGACGCUACGGACUACGAGAAGGUCCAAUACUCAGAGAUUAAGACCGUGCUGAGAGCGCUCUGGAACACCCACACUAUUUUGUUUGUUGGCUGCGGAUCUGGAUUAGAGGACCCAAACUUCGGCGCACUCUUGGAAUGGGCGUGCAAGGACCAAAAAAAUAUCCCCAAUCGACAUUGUCUAUUGGUCCGGACCGGCGAUCCUCUUAACCUCAAGCCUCUCGUGCGAUUACAAUUCGGCCCACAGUAUUCAGAUCUUGUGCCCUACCUGCAGCGACUGCUGGAAGACCCCGAGCCGCUAGCAGCAGGACAAUUGACUGGCCGAUUUCAUCGUGAAUCUACGUCCGAGAGUCCGAACCCAAAGAGAAGGAGGCUAAUAGCAGAGAAGGGCUCAGAGAACGAACUCGAUCGCCUGCCAUUCUCCGCUGAAGCACCAUUCAAUUCAUUUCAAAAACAACACGAGCCUACAUGCCUCCCGAAUACCCGUGUCAAUAUUCUGGAAGAAAUAUUCAACUGGGCUGACGGACAGGAUGAACGGUGCAUCUUCUGGUUGAACGGCCUAGAUGGGACGGGAAAGUCUACGAUUGCUCGUACUGUUGCGCGCAGAUGUUUCGACUCAGUCCGUCUUGGGGCCAGCUUUUUCUUCUCAAGAGGUGGUGGAGACGUUGGUCAUGCUGGCAAAUUCGUAACAAGCAUUGCAGUACAGCUUGCAAGAAACGUUCCUGCUCUCUAUCAACAUAUCUAUAACGCUAUUACAGAGCGCAGCGAUAUUGCUGACCAGUCCCUUCGCGAUCAAUGGAACCAUCUCGUCGUCGGUCCGUUUUUAAAGCUGGACGGCAAAGACUCCCGAUCCUCAUAUAUUCUAGUCAUUGAUGCUCUCGAUGAGUGUGCUGAGGAUGUCAACAUCCGGAUCAUUCUACAACUUUUAACCGAGAUAAGAUCGCUAACGAAUGCCCGACUACGAAUCUUUUUAACAAGCAGACCUGAGAUUCCGAUCCGAUAUGGGUUCCGUCAAAUACCAGAUGCGGAAUAUCAGGACUUCAUCCUCCACAACAUUUCACCACCAGUUGUGGACCACGACAUCACUAUUUUCCUAAAAGACAAUCUAAGACUUAUCGGGCAGGAACGCUCUCUAGGCGCUGACUGGCCCAGCGGAGAUAACAUUAGACGUCUGGUUCAGAAUGCAAGUGGCCUAUUCAUCUGGGCGGCAACAGCAUAUCGGUUCAUCCGUGAUGGGAGACGAUUUACAGAAAAGAGACUGGCUACAAUUCUUGACGGCCGUAGCAAUGAUGCUACGGCACCAGAGAAGCACCUCAACGGAAUUUACAUUACUGUUCUCAGGUGUUCCGUUUCCCUAGACUAUUCGGAUGAGGAGAAAGAAGAGUUGUACGGAAUGCUGAGACAAAUUCUUGGGAGUAUAGUUCUACUCCUCUCCCCACUCUCUUCCCCUUCCCUAGGCAGGCUUAUCCGCCUUCCAACCAAGGACAUUGACCAGACGUUAGACGACCUUCAUGCAAUACUAGACAUUCCAGAGGACCGACGUCGCCCGCUUCGACUACACCACCCCUCAUUUCGCGACUUCCUCCUUGACAAGAAGAGAUGUAGUGAUUCAAACUUCUGGGUGAACGAGAAGCAAGUACAUGGGGCCUUAGCUACGAGCUGUAUACAGCUAAUGUCGACCACUCUUAAGCAGGAUAUCUGUGGGAUAGAAGCUCCAGGAGUACUCAUAGCUGACGUACCAAGCCAUCGAGUGGAGCAAUAUCUUACUCCAGAGGUUCAAUAUGCAUGUCUCUACUGGGUCCAGCACCUUCAGAAGAGUAAUACUCAACUUCAGGACAACGACCAAGUCCAUGAAUUCCUACAGGUGCAUCUGUUAUACUGGCUUGAGGCGCUGAGCUGGAUGCGAAGAGUCUCUGAGGGGAUCCAUGCGGUCACCUUAUUAGAGACCUUUGCCCUGGCAUAUGACUGUCCGCGUCUCUCCGAGUUUAUUCAUGAUGCCAAACGAUUUACACUAUAUAAUCAGCAAGUGAUGGAGCGCGCUCCCCUCCAGAUCUACUCUAGUGCGUUGAUAUUUACACCUACGACGAGUAUAGUGAAGAGGCAGUUUAAAGACUGGGUACCUCGAUGGAUGCAAAAUUUGCCUAACGUCGAGAAAUAUUGGAGUGCUCUACUCCAGACGCUCGAUGGACAUAGCAACGCGGUCAACGCCGUGGCCUUCUCGCCCGACGGCAAAGUGAUCGCGUCGGGCUCCUACGACGAGACGGUCCGGCUCUGGGACGCCGGGUCAGGAGCGGCCCUCCAGACGCUCGACGGCCAUAGCAACGCGGUCAGCGCCGUGGCCUUCUCGCCCGACGGCAAAGUGAUCGCAUCGGGCUCCCACGACAGGACGGUCCGGCUCUGGGACGCCGGGUCAGGAGCGGCCCUCCAGACGCUCGACGGCCAUAGCCGCGCGGUCAGCGCCGUGGCCUUCUCGCUCGACGGCAAAGUGAUCGCAUCGGGCUCCUACGACAGGACGGUCCGGCUCUGGGACGCCGGGUCAGGAGCGGCCCUCCAGACGCUCGACGGACAUAGCCACGCGGUCAGCGCCGUGGCCUUCUCGCCCGACGGCAAAGUGAUCGCAUCGGGCUCCCACGACGAGACGGUCCGGCUCUGGGACGCCGGGUCAGGAGCGGCUCUCCAGACGCUCACAGUCGAUGCCAUUGCUAAAACCCUUUCGUACUCUGAUGAUGGGAGAUUCCUCCGGACUGAUAGGGGACAUCUAUUUGUUGCAUCUUCUUCCUAUGACUCAGCUAUUUCUCAACCGAAUUCCCCACACGCAAUUUUUUUGAAGGAGCAAUGGGUAAGCUGGGGCACGAAAGCCAUGCUUUGGCUUCCUUCCGAAUAUCGGCAAUGCUGCGUUGACAUUCACGGCAAUGUUGUUGCUUUGGGAUGCCGCUCUGGCAGGGUGACGGUUAUGGUAUUCGACUUUGAAUUUCCCUAGACCUCCACCCCACCCACCUCCGUCUUGGUUGACGUCGCUUUAUAUCUUUUCGAAAGUGGCGAGAGUGGCAACGCUUAUGAACGCUAUUAAAUUUUAAAUGGUGCUAUGUUAAUUAUUAAGCUCUGCAUGGGCUUACCUCAGCGUAGGCGCUUUGGAUUUAAAUGGGAAUUACUGUCAAA